ACCACUAGGUGUGCGACAAUCGCUUUGAGAUUCUUUUGCGCAAGCGAGACCUAAACUUGAACCAAGCGCCAAGCUUCAAUAGUUGAUAGUGCGGCAGGCUCGUUAUCAGCAGCAGCACCACUCGGAAGCUGUUGGAUUGAACUUGAGCUAGCCAAAAAACUGGGUUAUCAAUGAUCGGAGCAACUAGCGACUAGAACCAUGCGAGAUCUUAAUGUGUUGGGUGGGAUUUUUGCCAGUGGUUCAGUAUUCCAGCGGUCGCGGAACGUGAAGGAAAGCCAAGAAAAUGUUGCUGCAAAUGUGGUGUCUGCUGGCACUCGGCCUGUGUCUAGGAGUGCUUGAGAGCCAAGCGUUGCUCAACCACGAAACGGAGACCAUUGAAAAGUGCAUCAAGAACUAUGGCGGGCUCACACCCGAGACGGCUGAGCGGCUGGAGCGCUUCAAGGAGUGGUCGGAUGGCUAUGAGGAAAUACCCUGCUUCACGCAGUGCUACCUCAGCGAGAUGUUCGACUUCUACGACAAUCGCACGGGCUUCGACGAGGGCGGCGUGGUGCAGCUCUUUGGCCGCCCCGUCUACAAUGCCUGUCGCCAGAGAUUAGAGCUGAGCGCGGGUCGCAGCGAGAGCAGCUGUGAGCAUGCCUACGCGGGCUUUCACUGCAUCACCAAUCUGGAGGGUCAUCCAUUCAUGCAAAUCGAGAGCAUGCCCAACAUCUCGGAGUCCACCAAGACGGCCAUGAAGGACUGCCUGCAGCUGGUGCAUCGCGACGAGUGGAGUCGCUUCCAGGCCUAUCCCGACUUCCCCGUCAACGAGCCCAUACCCUGCUUCACCCGCUGCUUCAUCUCCAAGUUGCAUCUGUUCGACGAGCGCACCCGCCGCUGGCAGCUGCCCACAAUGCGGCGACACUUGGCCGUGCCCGCCCAAGGAGCUCAAGUGGCCGCGUGCCACCAGCGCCGUGGCAGGAACCAAUGCUCCACCAUCUACCAGCAGUUCACGUGCUACGUCAUGGCUGUUUAGAAACAAAAUGCAUUUGCUUUGUGUGCCAAUACAAGUGACUUUAUAA